AUGCCUGCCGUGCCAGAAGGGCAGAUUUUCAAAGCGACCUACUCGGGUGUGCCCGUGUAUGAAUGCAUCAUCAAGGAUGUGGCGGUCAUGCGCCGUCGAAGCGACGCGUGGCUAAACGCGACACAGAUCCUCAAAGUCGUGGGAUUGGACAAGUCCCAACGCACACGUGUCCUCGAAAAGGAGGUCCAAAAGGGAAUACACGAGAAGGUCCAGGGUGGCUACGGCAAGUACCAAGGGACAUGGAUCCCCAUGGAUGUAGCGAUUGCGCUCGCGGAACACUAUCGCAUUCGCGAUCUACUCGAGCCGAUUAUUUCGUUUGUGCCUUCCGACAAAUCGCCGCCGCCCGCACCUAAGCAUGCUGUCGCAGCAGCCGGGCGCUUCAAAAAGACGCCCAGUGAGAUAAUGGAUCCCGUGCGAUUGCGUGCGUCGAGUGACGAAAACAGCAGCGAAAUGAUGGGCGGCGACGACUACAACGGCACUGAAGGGAGUAUCAGCCCAUCGCCCAGCGACUUGAGCAGCUCAAGUCGUACGCCCAGCCCCAUCGCUCCAGAUGCUGCGAAGCCAGAUACGUAUUAUGGUGGGUAUACGGAUCCACGGCAGGCCGCUAGCGGCGCUAUGUAUACACCGACAGGCCGCAUGGGCCAGCCAGCCUAUGCGCCAUACCGCGAUACCAUGGCGCCAUCAUACGACGAGAUGGACCCGCAAGCGCGCUAUGCGGAGAUCAUCCUGGACUACUUUAUUAGCGAGACCACGACCAUUCCUCCGCUGUUAGUGAAUCCGCCGCCUGACUUUGAUCCGAAUAUGAGCAUCGAUGAGGAUGAGCAUACAGCUCUGCACUGGGCAUGUGCCAUGGGCCGCAUUCGCGUCGUAAAGCUGCUUCUUACCGCCGGCGCCGAUGUGUUCCGUGUGAACAGCAACGGACAAACGGCGCUGAUGCGGGCGGCCAUGUUUAGCAACAACUAUGACCUGCGCAAGUUCCCGGAACUGUUCGAGCUUUUGCAUCGCAGCAUUCUCAAUAUUGACCGCAAUGACCGCACAGUGUUCCACCAUGUCGUGGACUUGGCCUUGAGCCGUGGAAAGCCACAUGCGAGUCGCUACUACUUGGAGACGAUGGUGCAUCGCUUGGCCGAGUAUGGCGAGCAGUUAGCCGACAUUUUGAAUUUCCAGGACGACGAGGGAGAGACGGCUCUUACGAUGGCCGCGCGGGCGCGAUCGAAGCGUCUGGUCAAGCUUUUACUGGAGCACGGCGCCGAUCCCAAGAUCCGGAAUCGGGAGGGCAAGAAUGCCGAAGACUAUAUUGUGGAAGACGAACGCUUCCGGGCCAGUCCUGCACGACCUGGCCAUCCGGCAGGUAUCCCGCCCAGCAACACGCCGCACUCCUCGGAGGCUGGGCAACGAGCGGCCGGCCGCUCAGUGGGCCUGGUGUCCACGUUGCUGCAUGAUUUGGCGGAUAGCUACGAUACGGAACUCUCGGUCCUCGAGAAGAAACUGACACAUGCCCAAUCGCUCCUGGUCCAAAUCCAAAGCGAGAUUGCGGAUAGCAAUCGUAUGGAAGCGUCGAUGAAGUCGGAUCAGAACACGUUGUCGUCGGCCACAUCGCUCUCUUCGCUGGAACACACGUACCUCCAAGCUCGGCACCUGAAAGACCGGACGGAGGCCGAGGCAGCCUGGUCAGAGGCGCACGCACGCGUCCAGACGGCGCGACCUGAUGGCACGCUUGGCGCGGCGCCGGAAGCGGAGGCAGCGACGCAGGCGCUGUGUGCGGCGCCGACGAACGACCUGGCGUCUGAAGUGCAGGUGACACUGGCCCAGGCGAAGGAGGCGUGGGCGCAGUACACAGCCCUGCAGCAGCAGCAUCUGACAGAGCUGCGUGACGAAGGUGCCGAUCGGACCAUGACGAUGUACCGCCGCCUCAUUGCGGCGGGCUGCGGCGGUAUUUCUACCGCCGAAGUCGAUGCGGUCGUCGGCGUGCUGAGCGAUUUGCUGGAAGAAGGAGCCGGGGCCGCCGAUACAGACGUUGCCAUGACGCCCAAAGACAAGCCUGUGACGUUGCCUACGCCGAUGGCGUCUGUAGAGUCGGCCCCUGCGCCUGUCCUGACGUCGUAG